AGAAACCAGGUCUUCGCCUAGGAGUUUAAUGAGCAUUCUGAAAGCAAAUCGGUUUGAAGCUGCAGCAAAAAUAUUCUCCGCUUGAAGAAAUAUUUUAGCAAAUACCAGUAAACAGCAAAGAAAAAUGACUGAAGUUGUGAGUCAUAGCACUGGAUACGUUAAGAAUGGACAUAGCGAAGACUACAAAGGCGACUGCACAAUAUGGCUGCAUACUGGAAAUAUCGCAAAUUGGAGCAACUUAAAAUCUCGCAAAUCAAACGAUAUUCCUGCAAACGAGCUCUACCAAAGUUUGACGCGAACACUUGAGAAAUGGACAACUGGGCACGGUGGUAUCAACUCAGGGGAGCUUUACAUAAAUUGUUCUAACGCCGAAAAAAUGGAUGAAAAUGAGCGUGGUUUGCUUAAAGUUACAGCUAAAGUUUUUCUUCAAACAUUAAAGCCGAAAAAUAUUCGAGAAGCCAUUGACAGUACGCUCAAUCAGUUAGGUCUACGACACAUCAACAAUAUCUACCUUGCUCUCCCGCCAUUGGAAGAAGGGACCUCCUUCGCAGACAUCAUCGUGCCUUUUUGGGAAGAAAUGGAAAGAUUGAGAGACGCUGGUAUUGCUCCUCAAAUAUCCAUCUGUGAUCUGGAUCGGGACAAGUUGGAGACACUAGUGGAGAUGGUUCGCAUCAAGCCGGAAGUAAACCAAGUCAACCUCACAUCCUGUUGUCAUAUGCCGGAAGAUCUGGUGGCAUACGCUAAAGAAGUUGGAAUAGUUUUGCAUACACAUGGUGAUCAAUAUGUCAUGCUACCUGACGAAAGCGUUGAAGAGCUUAUCCGUACUAUCCAACCAGAAGACACAAGAACAUACACUACAGAAUGGGUGGUACGUUACGCUAUCGUGGUCAAAUGCAGAGGCGUCAUCAAAAACAAAGGUUAUAUCACUUCAAUAAAAGCAAAAAAUGAAAAACAAAAUGGCGCAGAAGCUGUGAAAAACGGGCAUAGCAACUGAAAAAAAACAUUAUCUUGGGUUUAUGUACAAUACGGUUAUUUAUUUCAUUUAUGUAUAUAGUUUAUGUGAAAAGAUAUUUGACUACAAAA